ACGCAGCAGCCACUGUGCUCAGAAAAUAAAUGUUGCAUAAACCCUAUUUGCACAGGAUUUGUUUUACUUGGGAGAUAGUUAUGUAAUUAUGUGCAUGAUUUAAAAAAGAUCACCAUAUCCGUAAUUUAAAUCCCGUCCAAAUCUGCCAUGUCGGUCAUUUUUACAUGGAGACUACAAUUUUUCGACUAAAUCCAAGGUCCUUUGAUAAUAGCCUACUAGUCCCGUGCGAAUCGACAGCCCGGUGUUUUGAGAGAGAUGUCUGUGCUCGCUGUUUGAGCAAGAAAACCAUCUGAUUCCAAAAAAGGUACACAUGGCAGUGGCAGGUAAAAAUGACUUUGCAGUUCUCAACACCGGGCGGAAGAUGCCUCUCCUUGGGCUGGGAACAUGGAAGAGUGAACCUGGCAAGGUUAAACAGGCAGUAAUCUGGGCCUUGCAGGCUGGCUACCGUCACAUUGACUGUGCUGCCAUCUAUGGCAACGAGGUGGAGAUCGGAGAAGCUCUGCAGGAGACACUUGGCCCUGACAAAGCCUUGAGGCGAGAGGAUGUGUUUAUCACCUCCAAGCUGUGGAACACACAGCAUCACCCGGAGGAUGUGGAGCCCGCCCUGCUGAAGACACUGAAGGAGCUGAGUCUGGAGUACCUGGAUCUAUACCUCAUCCACUGGCCCUACGCCUUCCAACAAGGUGACGCUCCUUUCCCCAAGUCGGAGGACGGCACCCUGCUGUACGAUGACAUCGACUACAAGCUGACUUGGGCUGCCAUGGAGAAGCUGGUGGAAAAGGGCCUGGUCAGGGCUAUCGGCCUGUCCAACUUCAACAGCAAACAGAUAGACGACGUUCUCUCCGUAGCCAACAUCAAACCCACUGUGCUUCAGGUGGAAAGCCAUCCGUAUCUGGCUCAGGUGGAGUUGCUGGGACACUGCCGGGACAGAGGCCUGGUGAUUACAGCGUACAGCCCACUGGGGUCACCGGAUCGGGCAUGGAAGCAUCCUGAUGAGCCCAUCCUCCUGGAUGAAGCAGCAAUCGACACCCUGGCCAAGAAGUACAACAAGUCCCCAGCACAAAUCAUCCUUAGAUGGCAGACACAGCGAGGAGUAGUGACGAUCCCUAAAAGUGUGACAGAGUCUCGGAUCAAAGAGAAUAUUCAGGUAUUUGACUUUACCCUUGAAGCGGAAGAGAUGAAUUGUAUAACAGCAUUGAACAGAGGCUGGCGCUACAUUGUACCAACCGUCACAGUUGAUGGGAAGCCCGUCCCCAGGGAUGCAGGACAUCCACACUACCCCUUCAGUGACCCCUACUGAGCAAUUCCCCACUCUGCUGCCCUAUUUUGUGCCUUGGGAACUCACUCCCCUUCCUCAACCCCCUCCAAGGCUGUGUCCCAAUUCCAUUAAAUGUCUUCCUCCUUCCUGACCACUGAUUUGAUAAGGGAAAAGAGGGCCAUUUAAGGCAGGGCAGCCCAACACUCUUCCUGGAGAUCUACAAAUCAAAUCAAAUGUAUUUAUAUAGCCCUUCUUACAUCAGCUGAUAUCUCAAAGUGCUGUACAGAAACCCAGCCUAAAACCUCAAACAGCAAGCAAUGCAGGUGUAGAAGCACGGUCUGUGGGGUUUCAAUCCAUCCCUAAUUUAACACAGCUGAUGCUACAAAUGAUCUGCUCAACAAGACCUUAACUAGCCGAAUCAGAACUGCUAAAUUAGGGUUGGACUGAAAACCUACAGGACAGUAGAUCUUCAGAAAGAGGGUUGGGCAGCCCUGGUUUAAGGGGAAAGAAGGUUGUGGAAAAUCCAUCUCCUUUCAUUGGUCAUGGUGGCGUGGGGUGACGAGAAAAGGGGUAUUUUUGAGAGUAUUGGGACAUAGCAUGUUCGUCAUAAUAUUAUUUUUUUGUUACUGCCCUUUUCAGUGAUUUGUUGUUUGCUUUUGUGACAAGGGGUAAUUACAAUGCUUGUUUACCAGGAGGGAAAACUAUGAAUGGAGAGUUAACAUGCAGAAACAGUCUAACAACACCUCUGUAUGACCUGCUUUUGGACUCGGGCUGCACAAAAGCACUGAAGUGACAUGUUUAUUGAUAUGCAGUGUUAUGUUUUAAACUGACUUGCCUAGUUAAAUAAAAUAAAAAUGUUUUGUAUUUUAAA